AAAAAGAUGCUAAACAAUGCUAAUAAUCAGAAUUCUGCUCGGCAAAAUAUUCCUGCUGAAUCAGCUGGUUCGAUGGUUUGGCGAAUUUACCUACCAAAACGUUAUAUUUUAGCAAUUUUAACCAAUAUCGGGUUUAUAUUAAGUUUUGGCAUGCGCAUUAAUUUGUGUACAUUUACAUUCGAUUCUGCGCAUUUAUCCUUGAUUAGAAAUUAUUCGAAGCUAUAUUUUAUGAUUGCUUAUUUUCUAAUUCAAAUACCUACAGCAAUAUUGGUUAAUCGGUUUUCUCCUUUUAAAAUUUUUGGAUUAUCGAUUUUAUGUAACGCCUUGCUGGAAUUAGGAACGUUAAUAAUAAUAUAUACGUGUCACGCAUAUUGGCUUUACUAUCUUGGAUUUUUCCGGGGAUUAUUUGAGGGAGCAGCAUUUCCUGCGGCCCAUGGAAUGUGGCAACAUUGGGUACCAUCAAAAGAACGAUCUACUUUAAUAUCAAUUGCAUAUUCUGGAUGCUUUUUUGGGAUAGCAAUCGGUGCGCAUUUUUCAUAUUUAGCAUGUGGUUUACUUCCCGAAGACAAAGUAGUAAUUGUGUACGGUGUUUUGGGAAUUCUUUGGUUUGUUUUAUGGACAUGGUCAAUUUAUGAAAAUCCAUCGGCACAUCCAACAAUAACCCAGGCGGAAUUGCAGUAUUUAAAUCAAGAAAUAAAAAAUUGUGAAUCAACAAAUAAUGGUUCAAAUCCAAUACCAUGGAAAGAAGUUUUCUGUUCAAAAUCAGUGUGGGCUUUAUAUGUGAUACACUUUUGCCGAGCAUUUACGUCAAUGGACGUACUUUUAGGCGAUUUCUCGACUUCAAAAAUUAUUGUAUAUCAAAGCACUAUAAAUGUUGAAUUGCCUCCGGCAAUAUUCGUCGCCAUGACUUUACUAGCAGUUGGAUUUCUAGCAGACCUCAUAUCGAUGAAAACUUCCAAAUCUGUAUUUUACAUUCGGCGAUCAUAUAUUUCCGGUUGUCUUUUCAUAGAGCUUUUAAUUUAUUUACCCGGUGUUUUAUUUUCUAUUAAUAGUUUUGGGCUAGUAUUCAUCGACGAAAUUUUAAAUUGCUUAAGUUAUAGUUUUCUAAUAUGUGGAAUAUUUGUUAAUCAUGCAGAUGUAGCACCCAAAUAUGCUCACAUCACUAUGGCAAUUUCACAAAUGAUGAAUGUACUUUCAUCAUUCUUAAUUUAUUGCAUACCAUUCGAAUACGAAGAAGUUCUUGAGGGAUAUGAAUUCAAUAAAAUGGAGGCAUAUUCAAUUCUAGAUGCAUUGUUCAAUAUUAUUGGGGGCUUAAUUUACAACGCUUGGGGAUCGGGUCAAGUUGAAGUUUGGUCUAAGUCGGAACCGGAGGUGAAUAUUUCGGUUAUUUAAUGUACUUUUUUUGAAAAUAUUUAAUGCAUUGUCUUAAAAUAUACCCCCUUAAAGACCCACAAUAGAAAUAUUUAGCUAAAUUUACAAAUAAAAAUAAAAAA